UAAAAUAAUUCUCAUUUGUUCGCGACUAACUCGAUUAGGCGGCAACAGUGACAGUAACAACUUUUUAAUUUUACGAUGACACACACACUUUACAUACUCGUAAUUGGCUUAUGCUGUAUGGGGAUGGGAUGCAGCUAUGUGGAGAGCCUUGAAUACUAUACGGAAAAGCCCGCAUACCUCGAAUCAUGCCGCAUUUAUGAGCCAAAUUUCACCAACUGCUCGACACGUUCCAUACAGAACUUUCUCGACGCUGUUGUUGAGGGCAUACCUGAAAUUGAGGCUUCAUUCGGACCGCUGGAUCCGCUGACACAAGAGCAGCUAAUAUUUAAGCAAGAUAAUAGCGAUGUGGCCACCAUUUCAGCCAAUUUAACCAAUUUGGUAAUACGCGGCUUUAGCAAAAUGGUUAUCAAGGAGAGCAAAGUUAGCAAGAAAGACUUUAGCUGGCAAACCAAAAUUUAUUUACCUAAACUACGCCUGGACGGCAACUAUAAAAUGGCCGGGCGCAUUUUACUUAUACCGCUAAUGGGUGCCGGCCGCAUACUUCUAGACAUAAAGAAUCUUGAUAUAAUGAUGUACACCAAGACGCAUCUAUACGAAAAGGGCGGCUACACCUUUUACAAUGUUACAGCGGUUAGCGUUAAGCUGGAAAUUGGUGGUUUGUAUACAAAACUGGACAACUUGUUUAAUGGCCGCAGCAAGGAGGUGGAGCAAAGCACGAAUCAAUUCUUCAAUGACAAUUGGCAGGAUUUCUUUGAGGCCUUAAGGCCCUUGGUUGUGGAAACUGUGGAGCGUACGCUGCUUGAUCUGUUGCAAAAGAUGUUUCAUCUAAUGCCUGCCAACUUUUUUGUUGAAGAUAUACCCAACUCGCUGGCAUUUUAUGGACGCAAAACAAAGCUUAUACAAUAAAAUACAAAUAUAUUUUCUUAAACUGAGAGAGAGAGAGAAACUGUUACAGUUCAAUAAUAAAUGCAAGUGCUUAAGAUAU